AUGCCUCGUACUACGAAAUUCCCAAUAAAAUCUCGCCACAAUCCAUUACUCGCUCAGCUGGACGACGAUGAACGUGAAGCGAGAUAUGGUCGUAUAUCUGAGCCUGGAAGGCGCCAAAAACCAUCUAAAAAGUUUCCAGAAGACGAUGAAAACGUAGAAGUUGCACUUGACUCGAAAACCUCGAGACGCAUUUUCGAAUUGGCAAAAACCCAGCAAGACGAGUUGGAUGCGUUGGACGAAGAAAUUGUAGAAGAUGCGCCGCAGGAACGGAUGGCUAAAAUUGUAAACGCUGUAGACGAUGAUGAGGAUGAGGACGACGGAAGCGACAGCGAUAUGAGAGAAGAAAUGGAAGAGAUAUUUGAAAUCGAUCCAGACGACAUGGAAACCCUAGAUGCAUUGCUACCUCAUGACAUUGGUGAACGAAGAACUCUGGCCGACAUUAUAUUCUCAAAGCUCGAUGAAAAUGUCGGUGCCAUUCAGAAAGUGCAACAGAAAGACCCUUCAAAACCGGAUCCAGCAUUAGGACUUGACCCGAUGGUGGUUGAAAUGUACACAAAAUUAGGCCUAUACCUCAGCAAGUAUAAGUCAGGAUCUCUUCCCAAACCGUUCAAAGUUAUCCCUACUUUUCCCGCAUGGGCACGUAUCCUCGCACUCACCGAACCUGAAAACUGGUCGCCUCAUGCAUGCCGUGCUGCGACUCGGAUAUUUAUCUCAACCACGAAGCCAGCUCAGGCCCAACUUUUCCUCAGUGUAGUUCUUUUAGAAGCAGUACGCGAAGAUAUCCGAGAGAAUAAGAAACUGAAUGUCCAAUAUUACGAGGCUUUGAAGAGGGCUCUGUAUAAGCCCAGCGCGUUCUUUAAGGGUAUUCUCUUCCCCAUGCUCAACCAAGGGUGUACCUUAAGGGAAGCUGCUAUCAUGGCAUCCAUCCUGGCUAAAGUGAAAAUACCUGUUCUCCAUGCCUCUGCCGCGUUGUUGCACAUCGCGGAAAUGGAUUAUACAGGUCCCAACUCCCUUUUCAUUCGGGUUCUGAUCGACAAAAAGUUCGAACUCCCUUUCAAAGUUGUCGACGCCCUCGUUUUUCAUUUCAUCCGGCUUUCCAACACCUACAAACCACGCAGUCGUCACGAAUCCGAGCAUCUUCCAGUGCUUUGGCAUCAGAGUCUACUCGCUUUCGUGCAACGAUACGCCUCCGAUCUGACUCCUGACCAGAAGGAUGCCUUACUUGAUGUUAUACGAGCAACAUCACACCCACAAAUCAGUGCCGAGGUCCGACGUGAACUAGUCAAUUCUGUCGUGAGGGGUGUACCAAAGGAGAGAACGCAUGGGGAUGUCGAGAUGGCAUGA